ACCGGUGUUGUGACGAGUGUGUAGAUUUUUAGUGCUCGUAUUUUACGUUCGCAUAUAGUAAAAAUUAGACAAAAAUUAUUUUGUUUUUAUAUAUAAGAAGAAAAAGAAAACAACACAAAUUAAAUAAAAAGUAGAAGAAAAUUUAUAAAAUACUUUUGCUUUUACUCGUGCUACAAGGGAGAAAUAAUCAAAAAAAGAAAUGAAACAAAAAAUAAUAAAUAUUUAGACAGCGGCUUUUUGCUAAAAUAAAAUGCUGUCAAUUAAAGAAAAGUAAAGAAUAUAUUAAAAAUUUAUUAAAAUUAAGUGUUUUAAGAUACAAAAGUUUUAGUGAAUGAAACAGGUUAUUUAGCAAAGAAGUUUAAGAACAAGAAUAAGAGUAAAUCCUUAAAAUUAACAACAAUAAAGAAAAAAAAAAAAACGAAAGCAGCAGCAGCCUUAUAGUAAAUUAAAGUAGUAAAUAUUUAAGUAAGAAGAAAAAAAAACAACAAAAAAGAACACACACACAAAAGUACUCAACUUUAUUAUAGUAUGUACUCACAAAAGAAAUGAAAAGUACUUGUCGUAAUUGUACUCUUGCUCGUAGUCCCCGUCGUGUGGUCUUACAACCAAAUAGUUUUAUAUAGAACGGAUGAGGGUGGAAGCCAACUGAAGCAACAUCUAGCUAAAGUUUAGACCCAACCAACCCCAACCAACCAACCUGCAACCCAUCCAACCUAAAAGCAUUAACAGCAACAUCUUCAUACCAACACUGACUGGCGGACUGACGCUAGGUAAGCUGGCUGCUCUAGUGUCGAGACCAGGCCAAGAGCACCAGCAACAACAACAAGCAAAUAGAUUCGUUUCACAUUUUAACUUGAACAACUGAAGAAAUAAGUACAAGAACAAAAAUAACAACAAAAGCAGAGAAAUAAAAGAAAGAAGAAACAAAUACGACGAAGCAGAAGAGGAAGACGACGACGACAGUUAGCAAAAAACAGCAAGAAAAAAUAUAUAGAACCAAAAAGCACAUUGCCAAACGAAGACCACGGUACGGGAUUCCGAACUAUUUAUUACUUAGUCCGUCUUAUUUUUUUAUUAUUAAAAAAGAAUUGGGUUUUUUUGUGUUUUUAAUACAUUUUAUUAGCAAAUAAUUUUGUCUUUUUGUUGUGUUUUAACUGUGUAUAUUAUGCUAAAAGUUUAUUGAAAAUCGAAAGCAAACAACAACAACAACAGCAAAAGAAAAAUAAUAAAUAAAAACCCCAACAAACCAACAACAAGAAAAAAAGGAAACACUCGUUAUAUAUUUUGGGUCUAAAAGCCAUUAAAACGCGUUUUAUUACCCUAGUUUUAAGGGAACAACAAAUAUAAAAACAGACAAAGCUGGCAAGGGAAUAACAGCAACAACAACAACAUAAAGGAACCAAGACCACAAGUCAUUAAAAUCGUUAGAAACUAAUCAAAUCAAAUUAGAAUAAAACAAAAAAAAAAAAAAACAAAUAAAUUAUUUAGCUAACUACUUACCCCGCUAAACACCAGUAAACAAAGCUGUAAAUAAAAACAAAUGUCAAUAGUUAGUUUAAGGCAUACAAAAUAAAAAUAACAAAAUAUUAAGAAAAAUGUUUACUAAAUAUAAAGUUUUACUAAAAUCAAAUACCUUAAUAUAUAAAUAAAAUAUUAUUAUGAAAAUAUAAUUAUAACAACACAAAUAAAAAAUAAUACUUAGUCAUAUAAAAAGAAAUUUUUAGCAAAAUUUUUGUAAUAAAAAUCUCAAAACAACUAAAGUAAUAAAAAACAAGUGAAAUAUAAAAGUUAUAGAAAACAAAUAAAUUAGGACUAUAUUUGUCCUAGAACGUAGCUAAAUUUUCCACGGCAGUAAGUUAGUGAGUAAGUGGUGAAAGUUAGUGAAUGUGAGUUGAAAAAAUUAAGUGUUUUGUGUACGCGCUUUUGUGGCGGCGGAGAUGCUGGCGCCAACCACUGUUGUCACUGUAACAGUUGCGGGCGGCGUCAGUUACAAUAAAUAUACAAAUAAUAAAAACAACUACAAGAAAUUAAACAACAUAAUAAUGCACUCAUGUUUAAAACAUUCAUCAGCAACAGCAGCAUCAACAGUAACAACAGCCUUCUUCUCAUCAUCAAUAAAAGCAACAGCAAACACAAUAUUAAAACAAUAACAACAGUUCCCGUAACAAAACGAAACAACAAUUGUGAUAAAUUAAAUUAAUUAUUCUUAAUCUUAAGGGACAUGUAAGCUCAUUUCAAGUCCACCUAAUCGUUUAGCUCAACCGCGAAUGUCACUACUGGGGAAGCCUAUAAAUUAUAAUCGCGGCAAUCAUCGCCGUGAUGUACGGUAUAGAAGACUUCAAAGUCGUGUUUAUAAUUUUCUGGAAAGACCGCGAGGUCUGCCAGCUAUAUUAUAUCAUGUGGCCGUAUUCCUAAUGGUCUUUACCUGCCUUGUUUUAAGUGUAUUCUCUACGAUAGACGCGUAUGAGAAAGAGGCACUGUAUAUAUUAUUUAGAAUGGAAAUAUUAGUAGUUAUUUGGUUCACAAUGGAGUUUUUCAUGCGGCUGUGGUCAUCCGGUUGUCGGUCACGAUACCAAGGAUGCGUUGGUCGUUUUAAAUUCGUAAAACGACCAUUUUGUAUUAUAGAUAUUAUUACUAUAGUUGCUUCCGUAGUUGUAUUAGGCAUGGGUACAUCUGGCCAAGUAUUUGCCACAAGUGCUUUAAGAGGUUUACGUUUUUUCCAAAUCUUACGUAUGGUACGUAUGGAUCGACGUGGUGGCACUUGGAAACUACUCGGCAGUGUAGUAUACGCACACAGACAAGAACUGAUAACCACUAUGUAUAUUGGAUUCCUAGGCCUUAUAUUUGCAUCAUUCCUGGUGUACUUAAUGGAGAAAGAUGUUAAUGAAAAAUUUAGUAAUUUUGCUCAAGCCCUGUGGUGGGGUGUGAUAACCCUCUGCACAGUAGGCUAUGGCGAUAUGGUUCCUGAAACGUGGCAGGGUAAAUUAAUAGCCUCGUUUUGUGCAUUAUUAGGUAUUUCAUUUUUCGCCUUGCCAGCGGGCAUUUUGGGUAGCGGUUUUGCCUUAAAGGUCCAACAGCAACAGCGUCAAAAACAUAUGAUAAGACGACGUCAACCCGCUGCCUCACUUAUACAGGCCCUAUGGCGUUGUUAUGCAGCCGAUGAGCAUUCAAGAUCUGUAGCAACCUGGAAAAUACAUCAAGUAGCUUUACCCAGUCCUCCUGCCUCUUCUGAGUAUUGGGAUAGACUGUUUAAAAAUUUAAUUGAAACUAGAAGAGCCUCAUCUAGUUUUAAGCACAAUGCAUCGUUUGUGGCCCGCCUACCAACCAUCAGACGUUCAAAAGCCCACACUAUGCAAUCGCCGGGCGGUGAUGGCAUCAAAACAGUCGCCACCAAUCGCGUCUCAAGGUAUACGCGCAACAUACGUGAGAUGAAUCAAUCGGUGGAAAAUCUUGCAGCAUUAAGUCCUCGCUUUUUGGGGCCACAGCGCAGACAUAGUUCUGUAUCGCUGGGAAAUUUAACAAGUACUCGCAACGAAAGUUUACAACCAAGUCCCCUAACAAUACAAGAGAAUGAAGCGGUCAUGAGUGAAGACUACAGUAGGAAUACGGUUGUGAAUUGCGAAAGCAGCAGCAAUACGAACAGCGGUAAUAAUGGCAACAGAUCUAAAUUGAUUUUCGGCAAUGUUACCUCUAUACCCAUAGUACUCUGUGGCAUGCUACAGAACGAUAUAUUCGGUUCAAAUUUUAAUAUGCCCACACGACCAAGUCCAUCGAUUUGUGAUGACAAUGCUAGACAACAGCAAGAGCAACAACAACAGCAACAACCCACAAGACGUAGAGCCUAUUUUGAUCCACAACAAUUGGGUGAAGACAAUGAAACCAAUAUUGAUAAUCCUACAGGUCACUUAGAUGAAGGAAAUGAAGAUGAUGAGCCACGCUGCACUCAAUUGACAAAUCAGCACAAGACUGCCAUAAGAUUUAUUAGAAAGUUAAAAUACUUUGUUGCGCGGCGUAAAUUUAAAGAAGCCCUCAAACCCUAUGAUGUUAAAGAUGUUAUGGAACAAUAUGCCGCUGGUCAUGUGGAUUUAUUGGGACGUGUUAAAAAUGUUCAUGCCAGAUUAGAUCAAAUAUUGGGAAAACAGGGUUCAAAAUCAAAAGACGCUUAUGCUUCUAAAAUAAGCUUAGCAUCAAGAGUGGUCAAAGUCGAAAGACAGGUGGCCGAUAUAGAAGAAAAAUUAGAUAUUUUAAUUAAAGCUUACAUGGAGGACCGUCAACGGUUUCAAACUCUUCCCCCUAAUCCUCAGGUCUCUAAACAUUCCAACAACAAUCACCUCCCUAAUCAUGGCCACUGUGGUCUUACUACCAGUAGUAAUAAUCAAACACUAGAUUGGCAACAUCGCACAGCGAAAACAAAUGAUGCUAUAGUACCAGCAACAGCAGCGACGGCAGGAGCAUCAGCAACAACAUCAUUAGAUGCAUCAACGACCACAGCUGGGCUGUGCCCCCCUAAGGGGACCAAUGAAUAUACAAAGUCUUCCGAUACCUGUUCAUAUCCUUUAUCAGCCGAUGUUAGACCGGCACGUGUUUAUCAACAGCGUAGUAGUGAUGGUUUCAUAGCCGACAUAGAAAGUAGAACAAAAAAGAGAGUAACUUUAAGAUCAAUAUCACAACCAUAUGAAAAAGAUAUUCAAGUGGAUGAAGUAGCGAUAACAAUACCAAAUAUUGAAACACAAUCACUUGGCUCUAGUCCUCGGCAAAGGCCGGAAAGUUCUAUAAUAUUAAUAGAUGAAUAUGAAGAUUUGGAAGAAGAAGAUCUCAAUUGCGAAGAAGAAUUCGAUCAAUAUCCAUCAUGGGAAAUUGACAGUGAUGCCGUAGUCGAUGCAGAUGCUGAAGGCGAUUGUGAUGAAACAACGGAAGAUACCGCCUUAUUACACCGACCAACACGUACUGCAAUAGUUAUUACACCUAUUAGUCCCGUAAGCUCCGCACAUAAUCUCCAAAGUAUGGAUGACCAAAAUGCUCCUACAAUCAAUAAAUCAAAUUUACUAUCGCCGGAUUCCGGAUAGCAAUCGUAACAUAUGUAUAUUUUUUUAUUAUCGCUUACAAAUUUAUACUCUUGUGUUCAAACAAACAAACAAAAAUAAUAGAUGCAUAAAGAAAAACUAAACAAAAAGCUACAUAAAUUAAUAAUAAAAGCAAAAUACAAGUAUUUUCAC